CUGAUUAUCACGGUGCCCCACAUCGUCAACGGCUAACCACGAAAAUCACAAUUUCCCUUCCCCUUACUUAUCUUCAUCCCUUCCGCUCUAUUAUUUCGACUUUUCAACAACCUUCCCAGUUUCUCUCUCCUCUUUUUCACCUACCUUUUACUCCUUCCCCAGGUUUCUACAGAUACUUAAGAGAAAUGAGUCGCCCACAAGAACCACAUAGGCCAUUCUUCCCGCAUGGAAACCCUUUUCGGAUGAUACUUCCAAAAAGCUCUUAUCUUUCCCCUAAACUACAGGCGCUGCUGAAUAAGUUUGAGGACACCUUGUCCGGAAGGCUGAGAAGACUUGUCCCAAAGCACAAAGAUGAGGUCUUCAGCUUUUCGUGGAUGAUAUUAGCCAUACAGUUGCUUUCUGAGACGCAUAGUGAUAUCAAAGAUCUGAUAACUGAUCUCGAACUUCCUGUUGUUGAUUGGGAUGACAAAUGGAUAGAUGUCUACUUGGACAACAGUGUGAAGUUGCUGGAUAUAUGUAUUGCCCUCUGCUCCGAACUUUCCCGACUAAGCCAAGGGCAGCUCCUGCUUCAUUGUACGCAGCGUAAUUUGGACCAACACAGUUCAAGUGAGAUUUUGAAAGCAAAAUCUUCAAUUGAUAGUUGGAGACAGCACAUUGGUGCUAAGAACCCUAGACUGGACAAUUGUUUCAUCAUCAUCGACAAGCUGAUGGAAUCAUUAGAGUUGCCUAAGGUUAAGAACUCAGGUAAAGGAAAGACAUUGAUGCGUGCUAUGUAUGGAGUCAAGGUUCAAACUUUGUUUGUUUGCAGUGCAUUCAUCUCUGCUUUCACAGGCUCUGAUAAGAAAUUAGUAGACUUGCAAGUUACUGGUUCACACAUGUGGGCAGAAUCGUUUAAUGAUCUCCAGACUUUUGUACAUAGGGAGAUUAGAAGUUUAGUUUCGAGUGGUAGAAAUGUUCUUUUGAAAGAGUUGGAAGCAGUUGAUUCAACUAUCGGGAAAUUAAAUCCCAUGAUUGAAGAAGGUAUAGAGCCUAUGAAAACUGAAGCAUUCCAGAAUACUGUUGCAGAGUUAGGGACUAGAGCAGACAAACUCUCAUCUGGACUAGAUCUUUUAGCGAAGGAAGUGGAUGGGUUUUUCCAAAUAGUGUUGAGUGGACGUGAUGCUUUGCUUGGUAACCUUAGAGUUUCUAGUAGCGUCUUUGAUUCUCCAAAAAAGUCCAAGACGGAGGAACAGCUUGUAAGAUGAUGAAACUGGACAUGCCGAGUUCGUAUAUAAACAGGUCUAGGUAUGGUUAUUGUAACUUCGUGAUGGGGAAAUAUGUGAGAUCUUCUCGGGUAUAUUAUUAUUAUUAUACUUAUCUUGUAACUUGCAAUAUGUUUGUUCUGAAUGAGCGCCUGAGCUUUGUACUUGUGUACUACAAUAUUAUGGUACUGAUAUAUGAAAGGGUAUUUGCUGUGUGGAA